AUGGCUAUGAUGUCAAAUCGCUUUGAAGAUAUAAGUGAGAUCAUUGAUUAUGUUAUCGGUUCAGAGAGUGAGUUGAGUGAUUUAUCUAGUGAUGAUGAAGUAGAUGAAUGGCAACCACCUGGUGAUGACAGCCAAGUUGCCAAACAACAUGAUGAUAACAUGGAUAUCCCGGCUACCAUUCCUGAUGAUGAGGGUACAAGCAUUGAUCAUCGUGCUACAGUUUCUGAAGAAGUGCCCCAUGGCUCAACUGCAAGAAGAAAAGAAAAACCAAAAAAUUUAUAUAAGUUUGACAAGCGAAGAGCAUUUGUUCCACCUUCAAACCUUGAAUUCACAGAUGCACCACUUCAACCUGAACCCAAAGAUGACAGUCCCUACAACUACUUCAAAUAUUUUGUGACCAGCAACAUGUUUGAAUAUUUGGCUGAAGAAUCCAAUCAUUAUGCCCAUCAAAAAGCAGGGUUUUCACUACAAGCAUCAGCAUGUGAACUUGAAACAUUUGUGGCUGAUGUGAUGUCAAGACAGCGGUUUCAAAAGCUUGCUUCCUAUAUGCACAUUGCUAACAACCUAACAGUAACGGAGGAAAAUAAGAAUGAUAAAGUCUGGAAGAUAAGGCGAUGGUGUGAUGAUUUAAAUUCAAACUUUUUGAAAGUUAGUCCAUCUGAAAACCAAUGCAUUGAUGAAGUUAUGGUUGCUUUCAAGGGAAGAUCAAUACUAAAGCAAUAUCUUCCAAAGAAGCCAAGAAAAUGGGGAUUCAAGCUUUGGGCUCGAUGUUCAUCAACAGGGUUUUUACAUGUUUUUGAUAUUUACCAAGGAAAGAAUGCCAGAACUGAAGAAGAAAGUAGUGUCUCUGGAUGUGGAUUGGGUGGAAAUGUUUUGAAGUUGUGUUCAACUCUUCCAACAGAAAGAAACUUCAAAGUCUUUGCUGACAAUUUUUUCUCCAAUUUUGAAAUGGUUGCUGAACUAGAAAGAAGAGGAUUACAUUAUGUUGGUACAAUCAACAACAAUCGUCUUCAUGGGGCUCCUCUUAAAUCAGAGAAAGAAUUAAAAAAACAGGGGAGAGGGUCAGAGGACAGUGUUGUCGAGACAACAAGAAAUCUCUCUUUGGUUCGAUGGUAUGAUAACAAGUGUGUCACAAUGAUCUCCUCCUAUAUUGGUAAUCAGGAUGAAGAGAUUGCAAAAUUCUUAAUAUCAGAGCAAUGCCAUUGA